AUGGGCAACCUCCUCGUGGCGUCCGUCUGCCGCGCGCACAGCCGCUCCGAGGCCGUGUACGCGAUCGUCCGCGCGCAGGUGGGCGCGCUGCGGGGCCGCCAGCGCCGCGGGUCCCCGCUGCAGCGGCGGUGCGCGGCGCAGCAGGCCGCUCUGCUGCGCGCGCUGUCCUCGAGGAUGGCGCUGACGACGGCCGUCAUGAGCUGCUGGGCCGCGGCCGCCACCGCCCGCGCGAGGGCGGCGCUCAUCGCGUCGCUCGUGUUCAUCGCCAAGAAGUUCGUCGCCAGCGCGAGUCCGCCGCGCGCGCUGCCGCGGGACUUCGACGACGUGUUCGACGAGUUCAACGCGGUCUUCGAGACGGCGCCGCGGCCCACGAGGACGAUCCGCGAGCUGCAGCACAGCGCCAAGCUGGAGGCGGCGGAGGCGCUGAAGGCUGCAGACGCAGAGCAGAGCGACGCGCCGGAGGACGGCGACAACAACAACAACAACAACAGCUCGACGGAGGAAGACGAUGGCGAGGCCUCGUGCGCCACAGACGCCACCGACCAGCUGAGCGAUCUGGACGACGAGUACGAGCUGCUCCCCAAGCUGGAGGAGGACCGCGCGUUCUACGCCGAGCUGGACGGCAACCAAGCGGAGGGCGGCACGAGCCAGACGGAGGGCGAGCGACUGCUGCAGCUCGCCUCGAGCAUCUCGGACACGUCGAUGCACGUGGAGGAGUACAUCCUCAGCGGCAAGCACGACAACUUCGAGGCCAUCACGGGCGACGUGGACGAGCACGCGGCAGACGCCGGCGAGAGCGAGAAGAGGGGCAUCGUGCGCGUGCUGCUGGCGUACUGCGCGUACAGCGAGGACGCCAACUACUCGAGCGAAAUGGUGGGCACCGCCCAGGAGUGUCUGCAGGUGUGGCAGGGCGACGAAGACCGCGCCUUCAAGUCUCUCGCUGUGCUCUGCAGCGACGUCCCGCGCCUCUGUGCGGCGCUCGAGUGA